AACCCUCUCCCAUCCAUCGCUCACUCCUGUGCCCAUCAACACAAGCUAGCACAGCGCCGGUGGCAGUAGCAAGUAGUAGGCUAGUAGCAUCCUCAUCACUCAUCGGUGACCGUCCGUCUCUCGUCGCAGUGCAGAUGGCUCCCUCUCGUCGUAUGGUCGCGUCCGUCUUCCUCCUCCUGGCCAUCCUCGUCGCCACAGAGAUGGGGACGACCCAGGUGGCGGAGGCGAGGCACUGCCUGUCGCAGAGCCACAGGUUCAAGGGCAUGUGUGUGAGCAGCAACAACUGCGCCAACGUGUGCAAGACGGAGAACUUCCCCGACGGCGAGUGCAAGUCGCACGGCCUCGAGCGCAAGUGCUUCUGCAAGAAGCUCUGCUAGCCACGGCGGCGCGGUCUCCGCGGGUCACGUUACUUACUAGCUAGCUAGUCGUCGUCGGCUGUGUCUAGCUGUGUGACCAGCGCGCGUUAGUUCCUCUCCUUCAUCGGUUCUUCGUUCAUGGCGAGCCUUUGUUCUUGGCUUCUGUUUAGUUGUUUCGAUCCUCCAUGCUUUUAGAAUAAAGCAAUAAACUGGGUACGUGCUGGCGCUAGCACACAUUCUCCAGCUAGUUAGCUACUAGCUAGAUUAAUUAGCGCGUGUCAGAGUUUGUGGUGGUUUAAUUUCUCGUUGCGACUGUGCAAGAUGGUGUUAUGUAUGGUCCGCGUUUCAACAUUAAUAAUUGGUAUGUGUAAUGAA